AUGAAAGAUCUUUUCGAUGUGAAGAUUGCCCCGCUGCGUUCAAUCGCAGGGAUUUGUUGCUACGCCAUCGAACAACGCAUGCACAAGAUGGCUAUAAAAAGAGGCCUCCCAUGUAGCGAAAUGCCACCGAAGCAAACAAACACUGCUUCCUCUCGAGCAGCAGAGCGGCCAGCGACUCCAGAAAUACCAGAGCAGCAACAUCUAGUUCCACAGGCCGCGACACCUGGCCAGUCACCAACGUCUACGGCAGCAAGCUAUCCUGAUGCACAAGCAUUGCUGGACCUUUACAGUCACGGUCAUGAUCGGUCCCAGGAUGCGCCAAAUAUCAUCCAGCCGGUGACGGGGUACCAGCAAGAUUUCAUCGGGGUAGAGCCGAUACAGCUUCCUGACCUGACCAUGUGGAUGCCCGAAAUGAAUUGGCUGGGCGAAGUUGAUCUGUUUAACAAUGACUUCGCCUUCCCAAUCGACCAAAUCAGCAGCGAGCAGCAAGAUACGAGCCCAGAGUCGUCAGUCCCAGCAAAUCUUUCCAAUGGCGUCUCUAAUCCUUUUCGUGGUCAAGGGGAUGCGAAAAAGCGACAUGCCAUUUUCAAGAGAUCACCUUGGUUUUGGGUUCCUGAUCAGAACCAGCAUGCAUUCAGUGAGAAUGCCAUCACGAUCGAUUCACGGAAUGUUGACAUUGCGUCUUCGCCACACCAACCUUGCUCUCCUACUAUCAGUAUACCAGACCGCCUCUCUCUUCAAGCGCGUGAUCGAAUCUUUCAGCUUAUAUCUAGGACUGCCCAGAACCAGGUUUCGGUCCUCUCCUUUCCCUCGGCCGAUUGCCUGGACAAAUUAAUAAAUGUCGGGAUUGCAAAGCGCAUAGAGACUGAUGCUUGGAUACAUCCGUUUUCAUUUGAUAGCAGCACAGCUAGGCCAGAAUACCUGACGGCAUUGGUGGCUGCGGGCUGUGUCUGCUUUGGAAUACCCUCCGUCAGUCGGACUGGUUUGGUAUUUCAAGAAAUUGUUAGGGUGGCAUUGAACAAACUUGUCGAACUCGACAAUAGCGUGAUACGUGAUCUACAAUAUUUACAAGCCUUCAUGAUCUGGCUGGAUAUUGGUGUGUUUUGUGGGUUCCGAAGGAAAAUGGAGAUCGCUGAGAGCAACCUUCUUCCACUCGUAACGGGACUACGACGCGCCGGUAAAUUCGACAGAGUCACGUACACCCAGAUAGUGCCGAGCAUGGAUGAUAGUGUGGGCGAACUUCAACGCAAGUGGCGUUCAUGGGUUGAGCAGGAGUCCUUCAAACGGCUUGUAUAUCAUCUAUUCGAGCACGACGUCAAUGUAGCGCUAGUAAAGCAUCGCAGCCCACUGAUGUCCUAUUCAGAGAUGCUGCUUCCACUCCCCUCUGCACGCGACUUGUGGCUCGCACCAACUGCCGAAAUUUGGAGAGAGCGUUUUCUCAGUCUAGGCCAAAGCAAUGAAUUUAUAUCAUUACGAUGCCUAUUGAAACAAGAAACAACGCUCCGACGCAUACCACCUAGUAUCGAUUUACAAGUUGCCCGGUCAGCUUACCUUAACGGCCUCGGGGCGCAAAUUUGGGAAUAUCUACAACAGGGUAUCAUUCUAGAUGAAGAUGGCGAUGCAUCCUCUCAGUUAUGGCUCCAAUCACGACAGCAAAGACUCGGGCGUCUCCUUGAAAACACUAAUGUCUCGCUUCAAAACUCGUCGCCCAUAUCGUGCGUUCUUUAUCAAUUCCUACAGAUGUAUCUACACGUCAACAUGGACUCAGUGACGCGCUUUGCCGGAAAGUUCGGGGAGGAAGCUGCAAACCAAGCCGCCACGCAUCUUAAAGACUGGGCGCGGACGAAGCAGGCGCGGAAAGCAGUGCUAUAUGCCGGACAAGUGUUGCGAUGCGCUCAAGCUAUUACGCCCUACCAAACCAGAGGAUCGGAAACGCUGAUGAUUUAUCACUCUGUUAUUGUACUGUGGACUUACAGUAUGAUCUCACGAGACUUGGAGCUUUCGGAAACGAUACCUUCGGACAAUGUCCCACGGGAAGGUGACCAAUCAAGCAAUGACUGUACUAUGAUCGUAAUCAAUGCCUCGCGCAGGAGUAACCAACAAGUCUACGAUGCUUUCGUUGAGGGGGGAGCCGGAACCCCAUUUCUGAAUCUCCCAACUCACCAAGAUCAUUGCCAAAGGGAGGAACAGUGGUCCACCAGCGACUCCCAAAAUUCAGCAGCGACAACGCAGCAACUGUUCGACGUCCGGUGUCCUGAGCACGUCAUGUUGAUGGGAGUGAAAACCUUGGAGAUACUUCACCCCGGUAUUGACUCAGAAAACCGUCCACCACUGGUGAGGGCACUGUGUAAGCUAUUGAAGGAUCUAGGAAACAUUUAA